CCCAGUGGCAAGGUCGGGUCGUUUCACUUAGAAAGGCAGCGUUACCUCGUCCGGUCCGUUCCUGGAACGCGGUCUCGGAUUCUGGCAUCUCCGACGAGUCGGCGCGUCCUGGCCUUAUUCAGACUCUAGCUGCAUGGCCGACGAACGCGGGCCGGUCUGCCCUGGGAACGGCCUCCUCAUGGCCGUCUCGGUCAUGUCGCUCGCCGGCUGCGUCUACGUCAUGGCCACGUACCUCUACGUGCCUGCGCUGCGGCAGCACCCGGCCGGCAUCAUGUUUGGCAUGAGCGUCUACGGCGCCUUCUAUCAGUUCUUGUACCUUAUCGAAGCGUCGGGCGGCGCGACCGAGUGCCACUCGACGCCGUUCGUCGUCGACCUCGCGCUCACGGGCCAGGAAACGUACAUGCUCAUCUUCGCGAUCGACCUCCUCCUCGCGCUCAAGAACCCGUUCACGACCUCGAAAGGUCAAAUGACCCACUACCACAUCGCGGGCUGCCUCGGAAGCAUCGUGUUUGCCCUUGUCUCGCGCAUCGACUCGUACGACGCGCUCUUUGGCUUUUGCUGGAUGGACACGACGUCGGCGCGCCUCGCGUGGCCGCUGAGCCAGCGCCGGGCCGCGCCCGCGGGCAUUUUCUUUGCCUUGUACAUCCUCGUUAUCUACUCGAUCUCGCUCUACGCGAUUCUACGGACGUGGAAUACCCUCUUGAAAGGCCUCCCGGAUACGUUCAUGACGCGCAAACGGAUCCACCGCCAUCUCAAGUACUAUGUGGGCUGCUUUGUGUUUUACUGGACCGGCGUUCUCGUGACAUAUGCGGUCUACACGUUCAUUCCGUACAGCUCCCAGUACAAGUGCCAAGCGUGGCAGUUCCUCUCGUCCGUGCUCUUGUCCAAAGGCAUGGUCAACUCGGUCAUUUGGACGCGGACGUCGAACAUUCUCAAGAUCAUAUCGCAGCUGCGUGAAUUUGGGUACGUCGAUCUGCCGCCGCACGACAACAGCAUCAACUGGGCGCUGCGGCUCGAAAUCCUCACGUUCACGACGCGGGGCAUCUGCGAAUCGAUCGCGCGCGCCGAGGUCCAAGCCAUCGAAGGCAUUGGCACCGACCGGCACAUCAAGUACACGCAGAUUGAAGAGAUCGUCUUGCGGCAAGAGGAGUCCAACACAGUCAUCUUUUACGACUACGCCCCGCACAUCUUUCGGUACCUGCGGAGCAUUGCGCACGUCUCGAACGCGAGCUACCGCGACGCGUUGAAAGAGACGACCCAGGAGCGCGUGAGCGAAGGCAAGUCGGGUGCCUUCUUCUACUUUACUCAAGACCGCAAGUACCUCGUCAAGACCCUCACACACGAAGAGCUCAAGUUUCUCUUGUUGAUUUUGCCCAAAUACGUCACGUUUAUGGCCGCACACCCCGACACGUUUGUCACCAAGUUUGUCGGCUGCCACGCACUGACCAUGUAUGGCAAGACCGUCUUCUUCAUCGUCAUGCAAAGCGUCUUUGACACGCCGCUCCAGAUCCACGAGCGCUUUGAUCUCAAGGGGUCGUGGGUCGGCCGGCUCGAAGGCCGCAAGACGCGCGGCACCACGGUCAUCUGCAAGUACUGUGCCAAGGAGUAUGUGAUUGGCGGCACACACGACCAAAUGUGCGACCUCAACGGCGGCAAUGUCCGCCACGCGUACGACAAUGUCGGGAAGGACCUCAACUGGAACCACCACAUGAAGCUGCCGCGGCACAUUGCGCGACGCGUCGCCAAGCAGCUCCAAGUGGACUCGCAUUUUCUGCAAGAAAUCAACUGCAUCGACUACAGCCUCCUCGUCGGCAUCCACCACCGGUCGUUCCGUGUCGACGCGCCGCCGUCGGACGCGACGUCACCCGACGACCGGCCGUUCCACCAAGCCAAUGCCGGUGGGAUGAGCGUCGAAGAAGUCUACGGACCCGGUGUCUACUUUAUGGGCCUCAUCGACAUUUUACAGCAGUGGAAUUUGCGAAAGCGCGUCGAACACUUUGUGCGAGUCUACGUCCUCCAGCAAGACCGCCAUGGCAUCUCGGUCGUCAAGCCCGCCAGCUACAUGGACCGGUUCCAGCGCCGCGUCGUCAAGGAACUUAUCUUUGAUGUACACGGCGAGAACGCCGAGCUCCACGACGCCCUCUCGACCGAGGACCACCGGCCGUCCUUUGCGUCGUCGUCGUCGUCCGUCAGCAGCCGACGACCCGUGUACCCGGCCAACGACACGUUUCUCUCGGUCGACCCCGUGACGCCCCGGUCGUCGAUGAAUUUGUUUGCGAGUCGCCCGCCAAUGACCGACGAGCAGCCCACGACGGAGCUCAGCCCGCAGCCGCCGUAUCAACCCAUGAUGAACACGCCCCAGAGCCUCGUCUAGGAACUUCACUAUGUAGCCCGUAGUAUCUUGUAAUAUCGGAAGCGAUCGAAGCUACUUCGAGGGCUUCUUGGCGCGACGCUGCCGGAGCUCUUCGGGCAGGUGCUUGGCCAUGAGCUCCUUC